AUGAAGUUUUUGGAGGAAGCAGAGAAGCCACUGUAUAAGGGAUGCAAACGUUACACAAAGUUGAGUGCACUUGUAAAACAAUACAAUACCAAAGCAAGGCAUGAGAUGAGUGAUGCUCUAUUUUCAGAUCUACUAGCAGAUUUUGGGGACAUGCUGCCAGAUAACCACAAUCUGCCAUCGUCAAUUUAUGAAGCAAAGAAAACGUUGAGUUGUUUGGCUUUGAGUCAUGAAAAAAUUCAUGUUUGUUACAAUGAUUGCAUCCUUUAUAGGAAACAAUAUAAAGACUGCGUAAGCUGCCCGAAAUGUGGCUUAUCAAGAUGGAAGCUAACUAAGAAAAAUGUUGAGAAGAAAGGUGUUCCUGCCAAAGUGGUUUGGUAUUUCCCUCCCAUACCAAGAUUUAAGCGCAUGUUUAAAUCUUUAGAAACUUCCAGAAAUUUAACAUCGCAUGCAGAUAGCACAAGAGUUGUUGAUCAGUUACGCCAUCCAGUUGAUUCACCGUCAUGGAAAUUGGUGGAUCAUAUGUGGCCCGACUUUGGAAGUGAGGCAAGAAAUAUUCGCCUGGCACUUGUAGCCGAUGGAAUUAAUCCUCACAGCAAUCUUCGUAGUCGCUACAGCUGCUGGCCAAUCAUGCUGGCCACAUAUAAUUUGCCUCCAGACAUGUGCAUGAAAAGGAAAUUCAUCAUGCUAAUGAUGCUCAUUUCAGGACCGAAACAGCCUGGAAACGAUAUCGACGUCUACCUUGAGGUUCUGGUUGAUGAUUUGCAGCUGUUGUGGGAAGGAGUUGAUGGAGUUUAUGAUGCUUAUCGAAGGGAGGUUUUCACUCUUAAAGUAGUUCUUUUAUGGACCUUCAACGACUUUCCUGCAUAUGGUAACCUUAGUGGAUGUACUACACAUGGUUAUUACGGAUGCCCAAUAUGUGGUGAGGAUACUUAUGCAAAGCACUUACAAAAUGGGAAGAAAAUGUCAUUUGCUGGGCAUAGACGAUUCCUACCACGAUUUCAUCCAUAUCGGAUGCAAAUAAAGGAGUUUAAUGGCAUGGAGGAACUUGGUGAAGCAGGUAGGCCAUUAUCUGGAAUUAAGUUGUUUGACAAGCUUUCAGACAUAACAUGUGAGUUCGGAAAGAAAACAAGUGGAAAAACCAAGGAUAAUGUGGCAGCUAGGUUGGACAUGGUUCAGAUGGGAAUUAGGCCUCAAUUGGCUCCUAAAAUUGGUGAGAAAAGAACAUAUCUACCUCCUGCAGCAUGCUCAUUCUCAAAAAAUGAGAGAUUACAAUAUUUCCCCCCUUCUUUCUUCGAUAUCAUGCUCCACUUAACAGUUCAUCUUGUUCGUGAAGUCCAAUUAUGUGGACCAGUCUACUUCAGAUGGAUGUACCCAUUUGAAAGAUGCAUGAAGGUGUUGAAAAGUUACGUAGGCAAUCGAAAAUAUCCGGAAGGAUGCAUUGUUCGGAGAUAUGCAACAGAAGAAGCAGUUGAAUUUUGUUCAGAAUAUCUCAAUGACCUUGAUCCUGUUGGGGUCCCUAAAUCACUACGUGACCCAUACGCAAGCAUUCCUGGAUUCUCAGCAAGCAAUUCAUCAAUCAUCGUCCAACAAAUUGAUCUCCAACAAGCACACUUGACUGUUCUAGAAAAUAUAGAAGAAAUAUCUCCAUACAUUAUACAAUGUUUCCCAAGAAAUAGAAAGAUGCAAGGUGGAUACAAGAUGCUCAUAAUAAGAGGUUCAUUGACUGGUUUCGUGCAAAGGAAUGCAUGUCAAGUGGCUGCAAAAAUCGAUAGUUGCAAUGGUGGAAUGACAUCGUCAUUGAGAUGGCUGGCCCAUGGACCACGUGUGAGAGUCUUAAAGUGUGAUAGCUAUGUCAUAAAUGGCAAUUUAUACCAAACAAAAGAGCGUGAUGAUGAGAAAGUUUGUCAAAACAGUGGUGUUUCUCUACUUGCCAACACGAUGCUUGCUUGUAGUGCUAAAGAUAAGAAUCCCGUGUUAGAGAAUUUGACUUUUUAUGGAGUUAUUGAAGAGAUACGGGAACUAGACUAUCAUCAAUUUCAAGUUCCUCUUUUCAAGUGCGCAUGGGUAUCAAAUGACAAAGGAAUACAAUACAAUGAUGAAUGUGGCUUCAACUUAGUUAAUCUGAACAAACGAGGCCACCAGAAGGAUGAAUUUGUGCUUGCAAGUCAAGUUAGACAAGUAUUUUAUGUUGCUGACCCACUGAACAAAGGGUGGUCAAUAGUGCUUCGAGUUCCAAAUAGAUGUUACGAGGGAGAAGAGGAUCUUUGGACCAGAAUUCCCGAAGCUCGACCAAUUGAUAAUGUUGAUAUUCAUUGUAUUCCUACACGUGAAGGAUACUUUAGAUCUUCUAAAGAGGGUUUCUUUGUAACAAACAAGAAAAUAUGA